AGAGAGGGGGCAUAGACUGAAAGCGAUAGAACGAGCCGAGCCUUAUCACAUUCACCUCCCUCUCUUUCUCGCCCUCUCUGCAAAUACAUUUCGUCGAACAAUUCAUAUGCAUUUGAGAUAGUUUCUUCAAUUUCUCACGCACUUCAUAUUCCGGCAACAGCAAUGCCUCCAGCGACCGUUAUCUCCACUCCCUCCUCUCUUACUCUCUCGCCACUUUCUUCUUCUUAUUCUACAGCAAAGAAAGCCCCUUCGCAUUUCUCUUGUUCCAAUGUGUCGACCAGAAGUCCAUUCCUUCGCAAUUACAAUCUCAAUUGUCGUCGUUUUAGUGUUAUUUGCACUGCCAUCGAGAAGGAAAUCCCGGUGAGCGAGCGGCCACAAACCUUCCUUCGAGAGUCCGAUGGCUCUACUUCUUCUUCCUCAUCGUCCUCGGUGAGGGCUAGGUUUGAGACGAUGAUAAGGGAGGCGCAGGACAGAGUCUGUCAGGCCAUCGAGGCUGUUGAUGGCGGUGGCCGUUUUAAGGAGGAUGUCUGGUCUAGGCCAGGAGGUGGCGGUGGCAUUAGCAGGGUUCUUCAAGACGGUACCGUUUGGGAGAAGGCUGGGGUUAAUGUUUCGGUUGUGUACGGUGUUAUGCCUCCUGAGGCCUAUCGUGCUGCCAAGGCUGCUGCUUCAGACCUUAAGCCCGGUCCCAUUCCUUUCUUUGCAGCUGGGAUCAGCUCGGUCUUGCAUCCAAAGAACCCUUUUGCACCAACUUUGCAUUUUAAUUAUCGAUAUUUUGAGACCGAUGCUCCAAAAGAUGUUCCUGGGGCACCAAGGCAGUGGUGGUUUGGUGGUGGUACAGAUUUAACUCCUGCUUACAUUGUUGAGGAGGAUGUUAGACACUUCCAUACAAUUCAAAAGCAAGCCUGUGACAAGUUUGAUCCUACCUUCUAUCCACGAUUUAAGAAAUGGUGUGAUGAUUAUUUCUACAUUCAGCACCGAGGUGAGAGGCGAGGGCUUGGAGGAAUAUUUUUUGAUGACCUAAAUGACUAUGAUCAGGAGAUGCUUCUUUCAUUUGCCACUGAAUGUGCCAACUCUGUAGUCCCUGCGUACAUACCCAUUAUUGAGAAAAGGAAGGACUUACCAUUCUCUGAUAGGCACAAGCAAUGGCAGCAAUUGCGUCGAGGACGCUAUGUAGAGUUCAACUUGGUUUAUGAUCGGGGUACGACAUUUGGGCUGAAGACAGGAGGACGAAUUGAGAGUAUUCUUGUUUCCCUCCCAUUGUCUGCACGCUGGGAGUAUGACCAUAAACCUGAAGAGGGAACUGAAGAGUGGAAAUUACUGGAUGCUUGCAUCAAUCCAAAGGAAUGGAUCUAAUUAUUCUCAACUGAGUAUUCUAUUAUCAUUUUGAGCCUUCCCCCUCCCUCUUUCUUUGCUUCUUUCUGCAUGAGUUGUGUUUCUUGCAACGGAAUUAGAUGUGAGUUCUUGUAACCUACUAAUUUUAAAAAGUGAUAGAUCUAGCACCAGAUUUUUUGUGUAUUGUAGAAGUAGUCAUUGGCAAUGAAGACUUAAAAAUACACUCUGAAUAUAUGAAUUGUUCAUGUGA